AUGUUAAUAAAGUCCGUGUUAAAUCGUGUUGCGGGUUUAUUUCUGGUUUUGCCUGUACAGUUGAGCGGUAUUUUGGUCCCCUUAGAAUACAUGGGGCAACCUGUGGAAGCAAACCCAGAGACGAAUUCUGCUCCAGAAGUGCAGGUACCCUCCUGGCGUAAAACUGUUCAAUUUGAUAAUGCUGCCAUGAUUCGGAGUGGAACGGGAUGA